GCCGGCGCCCCCCGCGGCGGCGGCGGCGGCCCCCGACCCGCCGCCCGCCGCCUCGGCGCAGGGCCCCCCCGGGCCGCCCGCCGAAGGACCCGGCAGGGCCUCGGAGGAGGCGCCCCUGGAGCAGGGCCUUGCUCAGAGCCCGCGGGGGCCCGCGCCGGCGCCGCCGGGCGCCGGGGUGGAGCCGGAGCCGCUGGGCGCAGCGGCCGCGGAGGAGCCCGAGCCCGCGCCGGCACCGCCGAGCGCCGCGGCGGAGCCCGUGCUGUCGAGCGACUUGCCGAUGGGCACCGACGAGGAGCACGCGGCAGCGGCCAAGAUCCAGGCCGUGCACCGCGGCAAGGUCGCGCGCCGCUCGGUGGGCGACCAGCGCGAGGCGGCGUCGAAGGCCUCUCCACCGAGACGGCCCCCCACGUCGACGACCCCGUCCGUGCUCAACAGCAAGGUCCUGGCGAACAUGGGCGUGGUGCCGAGAUGCGGCGACCCGCCCAUCGACCCCGAGGACGUGUUGGCUUCCAUCGAGGCCAUCGUGGAGCUCAUACUGUACGACCCCAAGGAGCCAAAGGAGGAUCUCCACUACCACGCGGGCUCCUGGCUGAGCACCCUCACGUCCUGCCGCGGCCGCGUCCCCGUGCUGAGCAGUCCGGUGCUGUGGGCCAUCGCCGCGGUCAACGUGCUCUUGUUCUUCGCCUUCGAGUGGUGCGGCAAGAGCGACGUCGUGCUGAGUUCGGAGGCGGGCAGUUUCUUCGAGUCCGUGCUGUCCCUGAAGUUCACGCCCCUGCGGCUGAUGUCGGUGGGCCUGAUGUUUCUGCUGAUCUUCCGCACCCAGAGCGCAUACGAGAAGUGGAACGUCGCGAGAAUAGCGUGGGCCAGCGUGAAGGUCGCGUGCCGGGACAUCAGCCUGAGCGUCUGCACCUACAAUCGUGACCUGAGCGCGGCGCUCACCACGUGCCGCUACUUGCUCCUGUUCGUGGUCAGCCUGCGCUGCUGGCUGCGCGAGAGGCCAAUCCCCGACGCCCUUCUGGGCCAGCUCGCCACACCCAAGCUCAAGAAGGUCCUCGGCGACGCCGCGAGGGAGCACGAGCUGGUGGACCUGCCGGCGUCGCGCCAGCAACUCCUGUACGACGAGCUGCUCUCGUUCCAGUUCAAGAGCGUGUGCCAUCCCCUGGUGAUGCUGGAGGGCCUGCGGGCCGUGCUGAACGUCACCGUCGAGCAGGGCUCGCUGCCGCACUUGCACGGGUCGAUUGAGCAGGGACUCAAGGUGAUGGGAACCUCGCUGUCCCGCAUGGAGUCGGUGCAGGACACCCAGCUUCCUUUCGCGUACGUUGUGCACAUCCGAACUGCCCUGGUCGUGUUCUUCCUGAUCGCGCCGCUGUUCCUGGUCCACCCCGACUCUGGGAGCGGCUGGUUUGGGCUCGUGUUCACCCUCGGAUUUUCGGCCACCCUGCUGGGGCUUGAGAACCUGGCGGAGGAGCUCUCGAACCCCUUCGGGCUGGACAGCAACGACCUCCCCUCGGACGCCUACACCUGCAACCUCGCCAGGACAUCAGCGACGCGGUGCAGCGGAGGCUCGCCCGCGAGGCCGCCCUCGCCGGCGGGCCCCGAGAGGCCGCGCCCCCCGGCGGAGGCGGCGCCCCGGCCGCGCCGGGCGCCCCGCCCGCGGGGCUGCCGGCCCUGUGAGGGCGCGCUCCCCGCGGAAGCUCUCGGGGCGCACGCGACCCAG